GCUGGUUUGUUUGAAUGAGCUGAGAACUUGAAGGUUGAAAGUUCAAGGGCAGGCCUAGGCUAUCAGGCGUGCAAGGAUGGCCGUUUUGAAGCAGUCGCCCAUACUUUGUCGUGGACAUACGCGGCCGGUUAUUGACCUUAGUUUUAGUUCUAAAUAUGCCCUUGAUAAUCUCUUGCUUACGGCCUCAAAAGAUUGUAAAGCAAUAUUGCGUCUAGGAGAUACAGGAGAUUGGGUGGGGACAUUCUUAGGCCAUCAGGGAGCUGUAUGGUCGUGUGCUUUUGACCUUCAUGCCAAUAAAGUGGCUACGGGAUCGGCGGAUUUCAGUGCAAAAAUAUGGUGUGUCAAUACAGGCAAAGAAUUGGACUCAAUUCCCCAUGAUCAUAUUGUUCGCUGCGUUGAAUUUAAUCAAACUGAUUGCGGUUCAAUGUUACUCACGGCUGAUAACAGUAAAAAGAUUUCUGUCUAUGAUGUGAAUUGCCCUCUAUCCCCUUUGUCUGUAUUUGUGGGGCAUGAAGAGACAAUUUAUCGGGUUGUUUGGUGUCAUGGAGAUUCACUGGUCCUAUCUGUAUCAGGAGAUAAAACUAUUCGUUUAUGGGAUCGUCGAGUUCCUCGGUCAAAAUCAGUGUCGACUUAUCUAUGGGCUAAACAGUUCCCCGAUCCGAUUACUGAUAUACAGCUGCUGCAUUUGCCAGAUUGUGAUGAAACUCCUUGUGAUGCUUUAGUGGCAUGCGGGAAAUCAGUUCACUGUUACUAUUUUGACUGGAGACAAAUAAGCCUAACAACAACAACACAGGCUCCAGAACCUGAUGUCACAUUCAAUUUACCGUGUACAGUGAAUACAGCCAGUCGUCAUCCGUUUGAGAAAUUUUUUGUCUGCGGCGGAGAAGAUCACUACAUAUAUCGAUUGGAUUUGGAAACCGGUGAAGUGUUAGAAACAUGCAAGGGACAUUUUGGUCCAGUACAUCGUGUGAAAUUCUCGGCUAACGGUGAAUUAUUCGCAAGUUGCAGUGAAGACGGUACUCUGCGUUUAUGGCAAACUGUUGUUGGAACCGACUAUGGCCUAUGGAAAUUGGUUGUACCAAAUCAAACAACUGGUGAUACGUGCACAACAACACAACAACUACACCGGAGGCGACUCUAAAUGGACAGUCUGUUACAAGUCUACCUGAGAUGAACUGAACUGAACACACAGUUGAUCUGCCUGCUUCUUUCUGUCUUAUGUGAUUCUUCCUGUCUGUAAAUGAGAUUUCCCCAUUUUUUCUAUUGGAGAUUGUAUUUUUGUUCUCUUCUUUUUCAUUGUCUAUAUGACAUCUAUCAGUGAGAUUUUCUUCUUUUUAGUGUACUUAUGCGAAUUAUGUGCUGUACCAAAAAUACAAUUCAGUGAUAAAGACUUUUUUCCAGUAA